AAGAUUUGCACUGCGAUGGUUAGGAUCAGGAAAGUCUCUUUGGCAACUGAAGUUUGCAGAACUGGAAUUUGUUCCAAGGCUCCCCACAAGUAUAUUCCCAGGAGAGCUGUGCUGUACGUACCCGGAAAUGAUGAAAAGAAAAUAAAGAAAAUUCCAUCGCUGAAUGUAGAUUGUGCAGUACUGGACUGUGAGGAUGGUGUGGCGGUGAACAAAAAGACCGAAGCCCGCCUGAGGGUGGUGAAAACCCUUGAAGAGUUUGAUUUCGGCCCAACUGAAAAGUGUGUGAGAAUUAAUUCAGUAUCCAGUGGCCUUGCUGAGUCAGAUCUAGAAGUCCUUCUUCAAUCCAGAACCCUGCCUUCUAGCUUGAUGUUGCCAAAGGUGGAAAAUCCUGAUGAAGUCAGAUGGUUCACAGACAAAUUUGUACACCACUUAAAAGGCCGAGUACUUGUAGAACCAAUGAAUUUAAUCCCUUUUGUGGAAACUGCAAUGGGUUUGCUCAAUUUCAAGGCAGUUUGUGAAGAAACCUUGGAGAAAGGAUCCCAAGUCGGUCUUCAUUUAGAUGCCGUAGUGUUUGGAGGCGAAGAUUUUCGGGCCAGUAUAGGUGCUACCAGCAGUAAAGAGACUCUGGAUAUCCUGUAUGCCCGGCAAAAGAUCAUCGUCACAGCCAAAGCCUUUGGCCUGCAGGCUAUAGAUCUUGUCUAUAUCGACUUCCAAGAUAAAGAUGGACUUCGCAGGCAGUCAAGGGAGGGAGCCUCCAUGGGUUUCACUGGUAAGCAGGUGAUUCAUCCUAACCAAAUUACUGUGGUCCAGGAAGAGUUCUCUCCAACCACUGAAAAAAUUAAGUGGGCACAAGAACUGAUUUCGGCUUUUAACGAACACCAGCAAUUAGGAAAGGGAGCCUUUACUUUCCGCGGAAGUAUGAUAGACAUGCCGUUACUGAAGCAGGCACAGAACAUUGUUUCACUUGCCACAGCCAUCAAGAAGAAAUGAUCUCUUAAAUGAAGCUCUCACCAGCUCCUUCGCUUUCUUUCCUACAUGGAAAUAAGCACCUCUCCCCAGCUUCUCCCCCUAGGACGGCUCUUUCCCCAGAUCACCCUCAAGAAUGCUCCUGGUUCAAACGAGAUUCGCCUUGAAGCUGCAGAAUAGGCAGGAGGAGAAACACCCGUCAAGAGACCUGAAGUCCCUUGCUCCCAGGCCGUACCUACCCUGACCCAUGGAAUCGACGGAUUGGUUUUUUUCUUGAUUCAUUAUCUGGCGAGUUCCUUCAAGACACCUGAAGGCCAAGCAGCCCAGAGAGGCUAAGCACUGAUAGGGUGGGGCCAUGACCCAAGGAGGAUCGGAUGCUGGAAUUUGCCCUCUAAGGAGCCUCCUACACCCCUCGAAAAUCUGCCUGAUUGACAGCUGCAGCCUGGGGAUGCGAGCAGCCAGAACUGCUUUAAUGACUGGGUCAAAGAGACUGGGAUCCAGUCCAUCAGAUCCAUUCAUUCAUUCAAUCGUAUUUAUUGAGCACUUACUU